UUUGUUUACGUUUUACACCUAUCAGUAAUAUUGCAGAAGAUGCUGUGAAGGGGCGGUCGCGGAUCGGGAAUCCACGAAUAGUUUGGUAGCUUUUAGCGGCCCCGCAAUGGUAAUCUACGGCGUGUAUAUUGUGAACAAGUCCGGUGGGUUGAUAUUCAACCUGGACCACAACCUGCCCAAGAUAGAAACGGAGAAGACGUUCAGCUACCCGCUGGACAUCAAUCUGGAGUACGAGCCGAAACGGAUCUCCGUCGCAUUCGGCCAGCGAGAUGGAAUCAAUGUGGGUCAUCAUUUGGUCGGCGUAAACGGGAUCCAGGUGAAUGGUGCCGUCCUCGAGGAUGGGCGUGACGUGAGGGAAAUCAUCGAAAGCAAGGACAGCUAUCCGCUGUCGCUCAAGUUCAGCCGGCCCAAGAUGACGACGAACGAGAAGAUUUUCCUGGCCAGCAUGUUCUAUCCACUGUUUGCGAUAGCGAGCCAGCUCAGCCCGGAACCGAAGAGCAGCGGUAUUGAGGUGCUGGAAGCCGACACAUUCCGCCUGCACUGCUUCCAGACGCUGACCGGCGUAAAGUUUAUGAUCUUUGCCGAGAACAACCAGCCCGGCAUCGAUGUGCUGUUGCGCCGGAUCUACGAGCUGUACGCGGACUACGUGCUGAAGAAUCCGUUCUACUCGCUCGAGAUGCCGAUCCGGUGCGAGCUGUUCGAUACGAACCUGCAGACGCUGCUAGAUCAGGUGGAGAAGGGUGGUGUGGCUAGUAUUUAAGGCGAGCAUUAAUUUCAGUAUAAAGUUACGGAUGAUAUCAA